AUGAAAAAUAUUAGCUGUAUGACGAUAGGUGAAAUUUUGACUUAAACUGCUCCUAAAUCAAGUCAAUUAUGGGGCCUUGAUUUUAAGUCCAAUUCCAAAUAUUGUGAAUUUACUUAACAGAUGUCAAGACUCUUCACUUUUUCAGAUUUUGAAUACAAUAUAAAAAAUCCGCUAUAUUAGGCAGAAAUUGCCACAAAUCAAGCCAAUGUAAAUGAAGUUUUCUUACCCGUUUGCUAUGCCUAUUCUAUUCUAAGAAUAUUUAUGGUCAUUUCUGUUGUGUUUUAUGUUAGGCAAAAGAUGAAAGAUAUUUUUGAACAGUCUUAAAAAAAGUUCACAGAUGAGAAAUAAUUCGAACUUGAUUGCUACAAGUGGACCAUAAGUGUUUCAUUAUAUGCAGAGAUUAUUUGUGCUUUAAGAGAUUUCUUGUUAUUUAAAGGUACAAUUCUAUACUCAAAUGUGAUGAAUUAGUCUGAAAUCACUUGUUAUAUUGAUAUUUAUAAUUAAGGAAAUAUGUCAUGUGGUAAGCCUAUUUAAACUAACUGGAGAGGAUUUAACUAUUAAAGAGAAGAAUGCAAUUGCCUUUAUUUUUAACCAAUUCAUCAAGAGUCAUAUAUGAUAGUUUCAAUUGUUUUUUGGAUUAUAACUGAAUCCAUAACUUAAGGGUUAGUGGGUUUCACAGUGCUAAUUCUAAGCAGAUUAAAUAAAAAAGAAUCAUCUGGAUGGAAUUUCAUUAAACCAAGCUUUGUUAGAUUUGUAGUUACAACAAUAUUAAUGAUGGUUUUAUAUUCUAUACUUAUAUUUGCAUGCAAUCUGCAAAUAUAUUAUAGAUUUUAUAGUUUGAGUGUGGUUAGUUAUUAUUUGCUAUAGAAGUGUGUAAUAUUUUUAAUAAUUUUUGAUAAAUUGUAUAGCAAAGUAUGGUUGGAGUUAAAAUUGAGAUUGCCAACAUUGCAUUCAAGUGGAAUUGCAUGGUCGAAAACUUUGAACCUCUUAAAAAAAAAAAUUUUAAAACCUGUAGAGCCUACUGAAUAAAUAAAAGAAAUAUACCAAUAAAAAUAUAGAUAGCAAUAUGAAUAAACUUUAGAAAAGUAUUUUGAUGAUGCUAUCUAACCAAAUUUGGAUAGAUAUGAAAGAGAAUAUAAUGCAAAGAUGAAAACAUAAUGGUAUGACUAUUUGAAUUAUAUUUUGUUGAUUAAUCUAAUUGGAAUAAUUGGGUAUCUACUAAUUGCUUCAUAUGGCUUAUUUUACUAACCAUAAGAAUAUAGUUUUUUGUUUUGGAUAGGUUUUAUAUUAGCCCUUGUGGAGUUGAUUGUGUUUGAGGUAUCUAAUGUUGUUUUUUAAUUACAUUGCUUUUUAAUUGAACUUUACAAAUAGUGUGAAGAAGAGUGUAGUGCAUUAGAUACGAAUUAACAAGACAGUGGAAUGGCAACUUUAUUCAAUUGA